UGACAGCAGCAGUUUAUACUACUCUUUGGCAGCAGUCAAACUAAAAAUCAACAUAAAUGGGUUAGUUAUCUUCAACUCAAAAAUAAUUGCAUAUUUUAAAGAACGAUGUAGUAAUACGAUUUAGUAUGCGUGAAUUUGGCAGAUUUGGCCCGCUUAUUGGAGCAAUUGAUGAGGGAACAUCCAACGUCAAAUUUCUGGUGUUUGCUGCUAACACCUCUGAAGUACUCACUUACCACCAACUACCGCUGAAGAGAUUCAGUCCACGGGACGGAUGGGUUGAACAGGAUGCUUUAGAAAUUUUAGCUGCUGUUACUGAAUGUAUUGAGGUAACAGUCGACAAUUUAAGAAAAUUAGAUAUAAAUCCAGAAGAUUUAGUUGGAGUUGGAAUUACAAACCAAAGAGAAACAUCCAUUGUUUGGAAUUCAGUCACAGGACAACCACUCUACAGUGCCAUAGUUUGGUUAGAUGUAAGGACUUCAAAAAUAGUUGAUGAUUUAACAAAAACAAGAGGAGUACAAUCUGUAAAUGCAGUUGUCCAAACAAGUGGGCUUCCAUUAUCUACUUACUUUUCAUCGGUUAAAUUUAAAUGGCUUUUAGAUAAUGUUACAGCUGUUAAGGAAGCUGUAAGAACUGGAGAAUGUAUGGCAGGCACUGUUGAUUCCUGGUUGAUAUGGAACCUUACCGGUGGCUCUCAUGGCGGUAUACAUGCUACUGAUGUCACAAAUGCAUCUCGAACUCAAUUAAUGUCACUAAAAAGUCUUCAGUGGGAUAAAGGAUUGUUGAGAUUUUUUGAUAUACCAAUAAAAAUUUUACCAAAGAUAAGAAGUUCAGCUGAAAUUUAUGGGUACAUUGCUAAAGGAUCGCUUUUAGGUGUGCCUAUUUCUGGGUGCUUGGGAGAUCAACAGGCAGCACUGGUUGGACAAGGUUGUAUGAGUUUUGGACAAGUAAAGUGUACAUUUGGUACAGGGUGCUUCCUAUUGUACAAUACAGGAGAUUCGAUAGUACAUUCCGACAGCGGUUUAUUAACGACUGUAGCAUAUAAACUUGGCCCAAAUUCACCUCCUGUGUACGCUUUAGAAGGAUCUGUAGCCAUUGCAGGUGAUACAUUGCGAUGGCUCCAAGAUGGUUUGGAAAUAUUAAAUGAUGUUCAAGAAAGCGAAAAUCAAGCUGCCGAAGUCACGGACGAGGAUGAAGGCAGCAUUUGUUUUGUGCCUGCAUUUAACGGCUUGUAUUCACCUUAUUGGAGAAAAGAUGCUAGGGGAGUGAUGUGCGGUAUAAGCGGUAUGACUCGUCGCGAGCACAUAGUACGUGCGGCACUAGAAGCUGUAUGUCAGCAGACGUGGGCGGUGGCGGCGGCGAUGGAGGCGAGCUGUGCCCCGCUGAGACGUCUGCUCGCUGACGGUGGAAUGGCACAGAACUCUACACUCAUGCAGAUGCAAGCCGACCUUCUCGGUAUACCUGUCAUUCGUCCGCUCAUGAUGGAAAGUACUGCGCUUGGUGCAGCGAUAGUCGCUGGACGAGCUAUGCGCGUGUGGCCAGCUUCCACUCCAUUCCCACCCGCUGACACUUUCAUGCCCUCAAUAUCUGCUGAAGAGCGGGAUAUACGUCGCGUCAGAUGGGAAGAAGCGCUCAACCGAAGUUUGGGUUGGGCUAAAGAUAGUAAAGAAGUAGAACAAGGAAUAAAAUCAGAAGAAAGCGACCGAACAACAACAGUGUUACCAUCCGGUCUGUUCUUCCUGGGUACUGCGCUUCUAGUUGUGAUUGCGGAUAAAUUAAAAUCCAUUUAGUCAAUUUGUUGAAUCGUCUCUUGGAUUCAACAAUAUAGUCGUAGAAAAUACCUCCAAAAUCUAUUAUGAAAAGUAUUAAUUUAUUCAUAGUUAGAUAUUAAAGUUGUCUGUUAUCAUCAUCGAAUAAAAAAGUGAUUAAUUA